UAAGACUACUUAAUACCCGGACAAGACUACUUCUCGGCUAGACAAGACUACGGUCUAGACAAACAACAGAAUGGACGACAUUCUUUUAGCAAGGCUUAGGCUCAUUAACGACAAACUCACAACGGACUUAGAAGUAAUUCCGGGUACUGUUAAUUUAGAAAAUUUAGUGCAGGCUCAGAUCACAUACAGUAAAUUAGAAGCAACACUGAAAAGACUUAGCGGAGACCUGACGGAGUACUUUAGGCUGGCUUCGACACCCGCAUCUGAUGAAAUCUGCUUGAUAAGUGGACUUCAACUUCAAGCAGAGGAGACUUUAGCUGAACUUAAGGUGAAGAUUGACCAGAUAUCUACAUCAAGCAAACCAUCAGAGAAGCUGACUGAAGCGAACUCCUCGUGCAGACUUCCUAAGCUCCAGCUGCCGGUGUAUAAUGGGGAUGUACUGGCGUGGUAUGAAUUUUGGGAUGCCUUCAGAAGCAACAUCGAUGCAAGGAACCUGCCGGAUGUUGACAAGCUUUCUUAUCUUAAGACUUCAGUCACGGGAGAUGCCAAAAAAGUCAUUGACGGUCUAGCGACUACAAGCACCAACUAUGCUAUUGCCGUUACGAUACUGAAGGAAAGGUUCGGGAAAACUUCACAUCUUAUAGACGCGCACUAUGCAACAUUAUAUAAAAUUAAGAUGGCCAAAGGCAGUGCGGAUGACUAUAGAAGGACUUUCAACGAAAUCGAAAGGAAUCUUAAGAUUUUAGAAUCACUAGGUGAGAACAUUAACCACAACCAUCUGCGCUUCAUGCUACUAGAGAAGUUUCCUUCUGAUCUAGUAUACGAAAUAAAACUUAAAGUUAAGGAUGAUUCCAUUCAAGAACUGAGAAGCCACCUGGAUAAAAUCAUCACUGCCAAAGAGGACGCGGAAAGGAUAUCGGGUAGGAAACGCCCUCAAGAGACAGAAGCUAGUACGGUCGGGACUCUUCAUGUGAAUGCAAAACGUGCGAGAUACGCAAACCAGUCCCAACUACAACACAGUAACCAGAGUAAACAAAACCAUCAGGGACGCUUUGAUAAGAGACCGGUACUAAAGAAGUUUAAGGGUUUCAAGAAAUAUGACAAUAAAGGAAACAGACCAAACCAAACUUCAACUUCAAACAAAGAUCAGGCAGAAACUCAGCGAAGUACUCCAGGGGCUAAGAAGGGAUUGGUGUGUAUAUUUUGCGAAGGGGGCCAUUAUAAUGAUAGUUGCCCUGAAGCAUCUACUUUAGCAGAAAGGAAGAAACGACUUGCAGGACGAUGCUACAUCUGCUUCAGUAAGAAUCACGUAGCAAAUGCUUGCUGGAGAAAGAGAAGGUGUGCCCGUUGUAAAGGAGAAGUACCGCAUAAUAGAGCAUUAUGUCCUUUAAAUUUUCAGAAGGAUACAACGGAGAAGAGUCAGUCCUGACGGUUCUAGAAGAGGGAAUCACAGCACUCCAAACGGCAACAGUUUAUGCAAGCCCCAUAGAUGAUAAGAAUAAACAAUUUAAAUAUAGGCUUCUUUUAGAUCCAGGUUCCCAACGCUCUUAUGUAACAUUCCGGACUGCAAAGGAAUUAAAACUUCCCGUCGAAGAAGAGAGUCAUCUAGUAGUAUUCACCUUCGGCGACGAUCCUCCCAGAGAGAUACAUAGCCCAAUAGUCACCCUUCAUCUACUAUCUAGAACAAACAAGAACAUAGUAAUACAGGCUAACUGCGUAGAGCAUAUCUCCAGAGGUUAUAUACCUAAUGUCAAGAUGAAGAACUUACCGGAGUCAUAUACACUAGCGGACGACGGGUCGCUAAGCGGACCUGUACAGAUCUUGGUUGGAAACGAAUAUUACUGCAACAUAACUUACGAGAAAAAGGUACAACUGGAUAGCAAUUUGUUUCUAAUCGACUCUGCACUUGGUUGGAUAAUUAGUGGUAGAGCAGAACCACAGCUUAGAGACGAGUCGUACGUAGUGACUUACACUCAGACUUGCAUUGAAACGAAGCUUCAUCAGCCAGAUCCACCUCUUUGUAAUGGAGACAUAAAGAGCCUUUGGGAACUAGAAUGUAUAGGUAUUAGUGAUUCCCCAAGAGCAACUAGAGAAGAAGAAGCCAUCAAAUAUUUUAAUGAUACAACUUUAAAAUUAAAUAAUCGUUACACGGUAAGCUGGCCUUGGAUAACUUAUCCACCGGAUUUACCUAAUAAUUUUGGAAUGGCUUUUGGUCGUUUAUCAAGCUUAUUGAAGCGUAUGGAUCAAGAUACGUUAUUAGCAUACAGCGAUACGUUUAAAGAACAAUUAGAUAAAGGUAUAAUAGAAGUUGUACCUACUUCAAGAACGUCAACGGGUAACGUCGUUCACUACUUACCUUUCCAUGGAGUACGUCACCGAGGAAAACCUAUGAGAAUAGUUUAUGAUGCUAGCUCUAAGAGUAGCAAAGACACCAAGAGUCUGAACGAAUGUUUGUACAGAGGACCACUCAUGUUAGAAGACCUCACUGGCUUACUUAUAAAAUUUAGAACUCAUCGGAUAGGUUUAACCUCAGAUAUUGAAAAGGCGUUUUUACAGAUGGCGUUACACGAGAAGGAUCGUGAUGUAACCAGAUUCUUGUGGCUCAAAGAUACCUCUAAACCGGUAUCUCAAGACAACCUACUAUACCUUAGGUUUUGUAGAGUUCCAUUUGGCGUCAUUUCAUCACCGUUUUUGCUUAAUGCGACUAUUAAGCACCACCUGUCCAACGCAGAAGAUCAGCAAGUCAGACAGAAAGCAAAUGACAUAUAUGUGGAUAACUUUGUUUCGGGUACCGACACUACGGAUGAGGCGAUGAAACUCUACAAAAAUCUAAAAGGAUCUUUUCAAGACAUUUCAAUGUCACUCAGGGAUUGGAGUUCGAAUUCUAGGGAAUUUAUGAAGAAAGUCUCUGAUACAUGUAAAGAAGAUAAAGUAAAGGUACUUGGUUUGGAAUGGGACAUCAAAAAGGAUACUCUCCAGUUGAAACCUAACUUACAAGAAGAAGCUGUCACGAAAAGAGGAA